AUGACUUCCUCAUUUGCUCCUCGUCUCUGGACAGAACCAUCUGUCAUCAAGACCACCGGCGACAUUAGACCCACAUCAGAACAGAAGAAAGUAGCAUUUGAAGUCUACACAGCACUUCGCGAUGGUAGUGGUAUCGGGGAGAAGAUAGCAAACAAGGUAUCUAAGAUAUUCAAAUGGAAGAAAGCUCCGGCGCAGCCAAAGAUUUCGGGUCCUAGCAAUACGAAAUCAUCGACCUCUGCCAGCUCUCGAGUAAGAGGUUCAAGAGCUCCUCAAGAUAUUUCAUCAAGUGUAUCACAGGACCAAGUCAUUCUUGGCAUUUCCGAGAAAAGAAUGACUCGAAACCAGACAGCAAAAGGUAGCAAUCAAAUCGCUGUUGAUGUUGAUGUUGACGUUUUCGAAACCAUCCCAGAUCAAAUCAAGAAGCCAUCUCCACCCUCAUCGAAGGCAGAUUUCAGGAGCAACAAAGAAAAAGAAGUUGCUCAAGCUCGAGUCCAAGCAGCACGUGGGACCAUGUCAACACCUGUUAUCCCCGCACCUGUCUACCAGGUCACUCGCUCUGUAUCACCGCCCGAACAUGAUAUAAAGGAAGCGCAAAUGAAAUUAGCAUAUCCACAGGAAACAGUGUGUGCUUAUCAAGCUGAGCUAAUUUCCGAUCCUAUUGUGCUUUCUUUCGUUGCUAUGAAAGAUCACAACAUGGAGGAGGAAAUAGAGGAUGAUUUCGAGGCAGCAGAUGAUCAGCCGAAAGUAGGACCCGAUGAGGAUACACCCGAUGUCGACACCCCAGUCUCGGCUCCUUUUAAACUGUCUGCGGUGCCACGUAUCCGCUUGAACUUCAACAGCCCUACUGGUGGAAAGCCUAAUAGAAUGGACAAAGGGAAAGGAAAGGCUUUAGAUGAAGAUGUUGAAGAUUGUCCUGAAGCAAUUGAAAAUGAUAACACGAGGGAAUAUCCCGGUCAGGUUUUGAAUACCGAUAAUGAAUCCAAAGAACCAACUGGGGCCUCUGGAAGUAGCACCAUGGGUUCACAGACAUUCAACGCAUCAAAUACACCGGUAAAGUCGCUCAAGAAAAUGCCUCCUGGUCAUGAGGUGAUGGACGAAGGACUUCAUGACCGAAGCCGAGUUCUAGUCGGAAUUCCACGGCCAGAAGCCCUUACCAUCGUAUUCAAAACGGGUAAGGAGGAUCCAAAGAAACCGGGCGUAGUCCAACAUCUUGCCAACGUCACUUACCGAUACAAAAAGGAAGCGUUGAAUUGGGAAAGUGCAAAUUACAUCGCAGGUCUCAACAAGUGGCGAAGUCAGAUCUUCAGCCGACUUCUGGGCAAAAAGGCGGAAACACGUUGGAAGUGGACCCAGGGAGAGAUGAACGCUGCGUGCGAUAUCCUAGAGGCUCAUCUCACAUCACCAGAAGUCGGUGGAUCAUGGGCCAAUAUCGACUGGGAAGUGGUGACUGCGGUGUACAAUGACCGCUUUGAAGGUGUGACGCAAAGCGCUGGAGAACUGUACGCUCGCGUCAGAUACAACUCCAAAGAUGGUCCAGCAAUUUCCGAGCGCGGAAAGAACAUGGGAACUGAUCGCGAAGCUCCCGUUCGAACCUGGAAUGGUAUAAAGAACCAAAUGACGCAUUUUGCGGAUCCCAGAGCAAUCGACAUAGUGCGAAGGGCUCGGGAUCCCAAGACAGCUGUCAGUUCAGGAUCUUCCACUGGUUCCGAAUCAGGUUGGCCAGCCAACGUACCACUGAAGAGAAUCGGUUUUGUGAAUGGGAACCGCGCAUCUGCCCGUGAUCGUAAGAGGUUCAGCGAGGAACAGAAUGGAGAUGCCGCACAGGACCUUCCACCAAAUAAGAAGGUAAAGCUGGAUAGAUCAGCUACUCGUCUCCGCGGUGGUCACCUCUCUGAUUAUGAUGGUUACAUCUCCGAUUUUAACUACGGUGAUGAUUCUCCACCUUCAGGUGAUGUGCAAGGCCGUCAAUUUCCUGGCGAUUCUGCUUUCCGAUUAGCAUCGGGUACUCGAGCUGUCCAAGCUUUGGCAGAGGCUCACCGUCUUCUCGGCCUGGAUGUUACUCCAGUCGGUGUCGAAGGUAGUCAUAUGGCUGAUCAAUCAACUUCUCUCUCGCAUGACAAGAAGAGAUCAAGAGAAGCUGAUGAAAGUUAUAGUGGUGAAGAUGAGGAGGAAAGUUUACCACCAAAGAAGGUGAAGAUGGAUAGACGCCUUCCUCGGAAUACUUCACUAGCUCCGCUCAGUGCUUCAACUCCAACCCAGACCGCGACGGUAGAUCAGCAAAAUCCGCCCUCGAACCUUAGGAAGAGAUCGAGGAACAAUGACCAAGUUCACGGCGGCGACGACCAGGAAGCCCUUCCGACAAAGAAGACAAAGUCGGAGACUGCGCAAGGUAGUCAGCAAUCUUCCCAUGCUUCACGACGAAACUCUGCAUCCAUGGAAAAUCGAAACGCUGGUCGUUGCCCUCCCUCUCCUAAUACUCCACGACGAAACUCUGCAUCCAUGAGAACCCAAAAUACUGGUCGUCGCCCUCCAUCAAAAGGCGGGGUAGCCACGACUAAGAAGGGGUUUCAAACCACGUCCCGCCUUCCAACUUUGGAUGACUAUUUCUCCGAGAAUUAG